UACAGUUUUGCCCUGAGACAUCUCAUACACAGUGUCGGUCAUUCUCUCUUACUGUUUUCACUGAAGAUAUGAAUAUGAAUGUGGUGCCAUCCAGACUUUGAUUUUGCUAAUUCUUCAGCACACCCACAUCCACUCAUUAUGGAGGACAAACUGAGGUUCCCAGGGAUGAGGCUAGGUGUCUGGGUCACAAGAGUGCAUGGCUCUAUGCACUUGUUUGCAGAAGUCACUAGUCUGAUCACUGUCCAUCACUGAGGGAAGCUAAGGCAGGAACUGAAGCAGAGAGUACGGAAGAGUGCUGCUUCCUGGCUUGCUUCCUUAUGCAGCCCAGGCUCCAUGGUAUCAAUUACUAGUUAAGAACAUGCCUCACAGGCAUGCAGUAAGCCGAUCUAAUGGAGGAAAUUGACUGAGUCCCUUUUCCCAAGUCACUCUAAUUUGUGUCAGGUGACAAAACUAACCAGCCAGCCUAUUACUGAAAACCAUUUUAGAGAUGUGACAGGGAAAAGCCAAAGCUGAGAAAGAGUCAUGGGACAGAAAUCCUGAAAUGAGAGGACUUAAGGGCAAAUGCAGGGAUGGGUCCUUAUGUCUAGCAAGAAUUGAGGCUGACACUAAAACGUUAACCCUGAGAUUCCAUGGCUAGGGCUCUAGUGCUUUGUAAAUGUUUUGAAAUAAGAGCUUGAUUUCUUUUCCUUUUAAGGAACGGUGGGAUCGAUCUUUGAUGUGGACAAUGGCUGAUUUGCAUGAAACUGAGCAUGUGGCAUGAAUUUUCGAGAUAAGCAAGGAGAGCAAGUCAGGAAGGUUCAGUCCAGCUCUGGCAGGAGUGGUGUGGCAUAUCUUUCUGAAGCCAUGAAGCUGACGCAGUCUGAGCAGGCUCACUUAUCACUGGGACUGCAAAGGGACAGCCACGUGAAGCAGCUCCUCCUCAUCCAGGAGAGGUGGGAGAGGGCGAAGCGGGAGGAGAGGUUGAAAGCACAGCAGAACGCAGACAGGGACACAGCUCUCCACCCGCAGGUAUCUCACAAGCCCUCUGAGGACAUGGAGCGCCAGGGCCCUCUCGUCGCUCAGAAACACAUCCCUUCCACAGAGAAGCGCCCUGUUGAGGUGCAGGGGGUCUUUGACAGGGAUCCAGACACGCUGCUAUUUUUGCUUCAGCAGAAGAGUGAGCCAGCAGAGCCAUAUAUUGGAAGCAAAGCCCCAAAAGACGAUAAAACGAUUAUAGAGGAGCAGGCAACCAAAAUUGCUGACUUGAAGAGGCACGUGGAAUUCCUUAUGGCCGAGAAUGAAAGACUAAAGAAAGAAAAUAAACAACUAAAGGCUGAAAAGGCCAGACUUGUGAGAGGUCCAGCCGAGGAGCUGGACAUGGACGCUGACUUCGUGGAGAAGUCGGAGCUGUGGAGCUUGCCGCCACACUCGGACAGCGCCACAGCCGCUGCCACCUGGCAGAAGUUCGCAGGGAGUGGCGGGAAGGCCAAGGACAUUCCGAUACCCAGUCUCCCCCCGUUGGAUUUUCCGUCGCCAGAACUUCCGCUUAUGGAGCUCAGCGAGGAUAUUCUGAAAGGACUUAUGAAUAAUUAAAAUGGAAGGCCAUUGGUGGGGGUGGUGACAGCUAAUCCAGAGGAGAACUCAGAGGAAAGCCACGCCCAAGGGGGAUCCCGGAAAUACCCCACCCGGGUGCUGUGGGCAAGAGGCAGUGCCAGGACUCAGGAAAGUCACUGUGAAAAUGUCGCCGCCGCGUCUCUGAUUCUCAAGCUCCAGAUUCCGACUUGGCAGACACUAAACUCUUCAGAGGUUCACUUUCUUCUGAUACAAACCAAAUGGCUACCUGGAAUAAUUUUUUUCAAACAAUUAUUUUUCUUCAGGGUUAAAAUAUGUAAACGUAUGUCAUGUGUAAUUAAUCUAUAAUGCCAUAAAUGAUAAUGCGAAAGCUAAAUAUGGUGGCCUGAGAGGCUCACUUGUAUUUGGAACAUGCUUUCUGUCAUGCAUUGACCGUAUGCAUCUUAUGCACAUUGUGUUUGUUGAGAGAGGGUGUAGAAGAUUCACCCUUCCAGACAGAGCUGUGCCACAGUCUGCACUACUCAUAAUAAUAACCUCAAGACUAUCAGGAGAAGUAUUUAAAUUUCCAUUUUAGGAGGAACCAAAUUAUUAGUUGCGCUUUUUUUAAGAAAAAAAUUACCAGUUUACAUAAUUAAUCAGGGUGCAUUUUAAGUUCUAACUUUGUGUUCUAUAAUGCAUCAUUUGGAAAGACCAAGGAGAUCUCCUUUGUUGUGAAUGAUGCGUGUGUGAAAGUCAAGUGGCUAGCAGUAUUUGAUUGUAAGAAAUCAAUAAAGUAAUUGUGUUUCAUAC